UGCAAUUGAGAACAAAUUAGAGUAAUCGAUUAGAAUGCGAUGUAUAGUACGUUUUAUUUAGUCGUGCACUUGAUACAUAUCAACUGUUGCGGUUUAAUGAUUAAACUUUAAUCCAAUCGGGUGCUUAAAUGUCGCAUGUCCAGUGACAUCACUAGGGACGUUCAAUAGCUCCCGGUUGGAUGAAACAGUGAACAGCUGAUUUACUUCACAUGAAUGGUUAAAUAAGGCUACACCACUAUAAGUGGCACACUGAAGCAAGGGCAAGGGCCUUGUACUGCACUUUCUACCGGAGUAGUGAACACGUCCCUUCAAUUCGAGUUAGGGCAUGUGCCAGCAUGUGCAAAGGUUCAAAGGCUGGUUGUACGUUACGUUUUGGAAUUUUCCAAUCGCACCCAGCAUCGAUAGCCUCGAAAGGUUGAAGACUUCUCGAUUCAGUAUGAACAGUAUAUCGAUUCUUAACCUCGUCAACGCUCCGACAUCAACAUCUGUAUGAAAGAUACAUAGUUUGACGUGGACGUGAUUGCUUAUUUAGAAGUGUUUGGUUAUUUUUCUCGUUUGCCUUUUCUUCAUUACUAGCAACAAUGUUACAGAGUUUAUUUGAUGAUGUGAAGCGUAUGAAUAAGCGGCAGUUUCUGUACCAAGUACUGAGUUUUGGCAUGAUUGUGUCCUCUGCCUUGAUGAUAUGGAAAGGUCUAAUGGUCGUUACCGAAAGUGAGAGUCCCAUUGUGGUUGUUUUAAGUGGUAGUAUGGAACCAGCUUUCCAUCGGGGUGAUUUACUCUUUCUUACAAAUUACAAAGAUGAACCUGUGCGAGUUGGUGAAAUUGUAGUGUUUAAGGUGGAAGGCAGGGACAUUCCUAUAGUACAUCGCGUCCUUAAAUUGCAUGAGAAAGAAAAUGGCACUGUGAAAUUUCUCACCAAAGGAGACAAUAAUAGUGUUGAUGACAGAGGCCUGUAUGCACCUGGUCAAUUAUGGCUUACUAAAAAGGAUGUUGUGGGGAGAGCAAGAGGAUUUUUACCAUAUGUAGGGAUGGUCACUAUAUACAUGAAUGAAUAUCCAAAGUUCAAGUAUGCAGUUUUGGCAUGUUUAGGACUUUAUGUCUUGGUACAUAGAGAAUAGUAUUUUUAAAAUCAUAACUGAUGUGCACAAGUGGGUUGCAAGAACAAGAAAGUUUAUUUCAUCGUUUGUUCUAAACCCAGAAAUAUUCCCAUGAAGAUCUGGAUUUGUAAAGAAAAAUAACGGUGUAAAUCAGUGGGUUCAUCAGUUUUUAAAGGAACUUGGUGUUAUGCUUUAAAUAAGUGUUCUCACAGAUUAACUUCAAAAAAGGAAAAUCUGAUGGCAAUCUGCUUUUUGGUUCAUGUAAAUAUGUUCAGCGUUUUAUUGUGAAAAUAUCUUGAUACUUCAGGAAACACAACAUAUGUUUGGAUUAAAUACUUCGACAGUUACUGAAAAAUUAUCUACUUAAUUAUCUCAAUUUUAAAAAAGAAAUGCUGUUUCAUUUAUAUUGAAUUACUUCAGCAAAUACAGGUACCUCAAACCAUCACAAUUGUUCACCCUGAAAGGUUGAGAAUCCUUAAACACUCUUUCAAAGUUAAAAGUAUCUACAUCAUUAAAUGGGCAGUCAGGUUGUUAAUGCAUUCUUAACAAUCUAGAAGUUGUAGCAGUAUAAUGUGUACUGCAUUGUUAAAUGAAGGUAGGUUGCUUAAAUCUACUGGCAAGGUGCUAUUUAAGGACACAUACGGUAAGGUGGGUGAUUUGUGAUCCAAAUGGGUUUUAUUUUCAAACAAAUAACAUGACAAAGAAUAGAUGAAUAUUGUAUACAUUUUCUGGGAUUUUUUGUCGCUUCAGGUGAAACUUCUCUAUAAAUUUGUGUUUAAAAGCUAUAGCAAAAUGAGAAAAAGAAAAGAAAAUCUCUGAAAUAUUUUGAACGUACUGUUUGGUGUGUUGGUGGUCAAAACAAAAUUAAGAUAUGCCAGAUUUUAGACCCCACGUUACUUCUUCUCUCCUGUUUUUAUAGAAAAACGUUUUUACAGUAUUCCCCCUAGAAACCCUAAAAGUUUCUACUCCUGCAAUAUGUGAGAAUGAUUUGCUGAACACUAUUAAUAUCAAAAAAGACUAUUGAAUGCAUCAAGCUACCAGUUUAAUUUGGUAAUAAUGUUGAUUUAGAUUGAAUACUUGCUGCUAUGGUUCUGAAUCGUAAACUUUCAUGCGCUAGUGGUGUUUGAGCACUCUUGCCAGCUGUCCCACUUUCUCAAAAAAUAAAUAUAAAACGCUAUUUGUUCCAAAGUAGAAAAAUACAUUUUGUAAUCCGUCUUGUAUUCCACCUUGUUUGAAUGGGAACCUGCAGCCAUGGGAACAGGUAGAUGAAAUGAAUGAAAGGAUUCCUGAGAUCAGUGAUCUUGAGAGGGAGAGGAGGAAGAAUUCACAAAGUUCACUUGGGUCACAUCUGACCCAGAUGUUACUGUUCGAGGGUUAAAACUGUCACUACAGCUAUGAAAAAUAAAUGACAAAUUUACUUGUUUUGCAUCUAUGUGCAGUGGCUUUGUCAUCUAUAAAUUUAUUACAAUAACAUAUCUUUAAAUAAAAAAAAGAAAAUUGUCUAUCACUAUUACUAUUGAUUCAUAUUAGAUGAGUUUAGCCACAGAGGUUUUUAUUUUAUUUUAUUUGGGGGGGGGGGGGACAGACUCAAGUUAUUAAAAUUGUAAGAAAUAAAAACACAGAAUCGCAUGUAGAUCUUAAAGUUUAUAUUUUCCAUUCACCAAAACUUUGUUGUGCUAUAUUUUGAGGACAUGAAUUUUUCCUCAUCUUCAGGAAUUUUGAAUAACAAAAAAUAAUUAAUACAUUAGACUACUAAAUAAAUAAAUAUGUACAUCUGCCAAUGUCAUGCACUACUGUUGAACGUCCAGCAUUGCAAUUCUGAACAUACUUUUCCGGGGACAGAAGUAAAUUUUUUAUUUUUUGUUGUUCAAAAUUACUGAAGAUAAAAAAUUCAUGCCCUUAAAACCUUGCACAAAGUUUUAUUUAAUGAAAAAUAUAAACUUUUAAAUUUAUAAUGUGUUACAGUGUUUUUAAUAACUAGUGUCUUGAAAAUACUGUGGCCAAACUCAACUAAUGUGAAUCAAUAAUAUUUCUCUUUAAUUUUGAAGAACCUGUUAGUAGUUGUAUAUGCGUUCGACAAUUGAUUAUAUUUCAUUUAUUUUUACUUUAUUUUAUAGCUGUCAGUGAUAGUCAUUGUAACUAUGGUAUCAUUCUUAGAGCUCAGUCAAGUGGAAAAGAAGUCUGAAUUGGAAGUUCUCACUUGUAAUUAGUGAGUAACUUCUGUUGAAAACUGCAAAUGAUAAUACAAUAUUGUUUUAAAUUAGGUUGUUACUUUUAAUGAAUGUCAAUCAGAGUAAGAACUACUUUCUUACAGUGUAUUAUUACCAGAAUGCUCAAUUGAGUUAUAAAAUAAUAAUAAUAAUAAAAGAAGCAAAAAAUAAACAGUAAAUUCAGAUGUAAUAAACAAAAAUUUGUGUGUGCAUGUAUGAUGUCUUGAGGUGGCUGAAUUAUUUGGUAUGUUGCAUUCUUAUUGAAUGCAAAUAUAUACUUAAGCUUAUUAUAUUAAUAUAAUGUGAUUAUUUGAUCUUAAGUAUUUAAUAAGCUUAUUUUUGAUCUAAAAUGUCUUUUUUUUUUAUUCAGUUGUUUUGUAAUAAUUGAAAUUGCUAAAUAAUUAUAUCUUACUGUGAUAGUACAUUUGCAAGUUGUGGGUAGUUUGAAAGUGAUUCUUCCACUUGAAGUUAAAAAAAAAUUAUGUUUUCUAAUGAUACGAGGAGAUUUGUCAAUAAGUAUGAGUUGUCUGUGGAAUAUUUAGAAUAUUAAAAUAAUAAUCUAACUUUGAAUGUGAUGAGGAUAACUUCAACAUAUUUGUUCUAAUUGUUUUAAAUUUGUCUGGUAAUAAAUGGAGUUGAAAACCUUUCCAUUGUAUGUAACAUUUCUAUUCAAAAAUUGGUUUCCUCUGAUUGUCAAGUCACAUUGAAGUUAUGACUAAAUAAUUCUUGAUUAACAAAAUGAGGGAAGGAACAGUAAAAAAAUUUUUUAGCAUGGGUCUUGAAACUUUUUGUAAUUAUUUACUGUACAUUGUCAUUCAAUAUGCAACUCUUUACAGCAAAGGGGAUAUGUGGUAAAUAAAAACGUAUUAAUUUAGAACUCCUCACCGUCAAAAGAAUUGGUAAGUAAAUAAAAACGGUCUACCAAGGAAAUGAGUCACGAAGAAUUUGUAAGUCCCACUUCCAAGCUGUUGAAAGCUACUUGAAGCAUUGCCUCAACAAGGGAGUGAUAUAUAAAAAAAAAGUAUAAGUGUGGUAACCUCUUCUCACAUUUGAAUAACUAGUGACGCUGCAACUCUACAUAUAUUCUUGCAUUGUACCUUUUGCAACUUGUCAAAAAUUCAGAGUUGAACGAAAAUCAAACUGCCAAUUUUAGAACCAUAUAUGGAAUUAUCUUAUGAAAAUGGGACUGUUUUG